AUUUUCUAGUAACAACCUAUGGCUUCUGGGUGUGCCAUUGUCCAAAAAGGUGGCCCUUCCCCGGGCGGCGGCACCCCCUGGCACCUUCGGAAUGUUCUUAGUGACUCAGUGGAGAGCUCAGAUGAUGAAUUCUUUGAUGCUAGAGAGGAGGUGGCUGAAGGAAAGAAUGCCAUCCUCAUUGGAAUGAGCCAGUGGAACUCCAAUGACCUGGUGGAGCAGAUCGAGACCAUGGGGAAGUUAGAUGAGCAUCAAGGAGAUGGUUCCGUACCAUGCACGUCCAGCAUCCUUCAGGAGAAACAGCGAGAACUGUACCGGGUGUCUCUGAGAAGACAGAGGUUCCCAGCACAGGGAAGCAUCGAGAUCCACGAAGAUAGCGAGGAAGGCUGCUCACAGCGCUCUUGCAAGACACAUGUCCUCCUGCUGGUGCUGCACGGAGGCAAUGUCCUGGAUACGGGCUCAGGAGACCCUUCCUGCAAGGCAGCCGACAUCCACACCUUCAGCUCUGUGCUGGAGAAGGUCACGCGUGCCCACUUCCCUGCUGCCCUGGGCCACAUCCUCAUCAAAUUUGUCCCCUGUCCUGCCAUCUGCUCGGAGGCUUUCUCACUCGUCUCUAACCUGAACCCCUACAGCCAUGACGAGGGCUGCCUCAGCACCAGCCAGGACCACAUUCCCCUGGCCGCACUGCCUCUGCUGGCUAUCUCCUCCCCGCAGUACCAGGAUGCUGUUGCCACUGUCAUCGAGCGAGCCAACCAUGUCUACAGCGAGUUCCUCAAGUCCUCUGAUGGGAUUGGCUUCAGUGGGCAGGUGUGUCUCAUCGGGGACUGUGUGGGCGGCCUCCUGGCUUUUGAUGCCAUCUGUUACAGUGCAGGGCCCUCCGGGGACAGCCCUGGCAGCAGCAGCCGGAAGGGGAGCAUCAGCAGCACCCAGGACACCACCAUGGCAGUAGAGGAAGACUGCGGUCUGGCCAGCAGCAAGCGGCUCAGCAAGAGCAACAUUGACAUCUCCAGUGGGGUGGAGGAUGAGGAGCCCAAGAGGCCAUUGCCACGGAAACAGAGUGACUCUUCCACCUAUGACUGUGAGGCCAUCACCCAGCACCAUGCCUUUCUCUCAAGCAUCCACUCCAGUGUGCUGAAGGAUGAGGCUGAGGUCCCCACGGCAGGGGCACCCCAGUUUUCUGAGGUCAGCCUUGGUCGCUUUGAUUUUGAUGUGUCUGACUUCUUCCUCUUUGGUUCACCCCUGGGCCUGGUCCUGGCCAUGCGGAGGACGGUGCUGCCUGGUCUGGAUGGUUCCCAGGUGCGUCCUGCCUGCAGCCAAGUCUAUAGCUUCUUCCACUGUGCGGACCCGUCUGCCUCACGGCUGGAGCCCCUGCUGGAGCCCAAGUUUCACCUGGUGCCUCCUGUCAGUGUGCCCCGCUACCAGAGGUUCCCCCUGGGUGACGGACAGUCUCUCCUGCUUGCUGAUGCCCUGCACAUCCACAGCCCCCUUUUCCUGGAGGGCAGUUCCCGGGGAAGCCCUCCGCUUUUGGACGCCCCUGCCUCGCCCUCUCAGGCCCAGAGGUUCCAGCACCCAGGACGGAAGCUGAGCGAGAGUAGCUCCCACAGUGACAGCUCGGAGUCCUCGGAUAGCCUGGCACCGAUAGGUGCCACCUGCAUCACGGCUAAGUGGUGGGGUACCAAGAGGAUUGACUAUGCCCUCUACUGCCCUGAUGUCCUCACCGCCUUCCCCACUGUGGCCCUGCCCCACCUCUUUCACGCCAGCUACUGGGAGUCUACCGAUGUGGUCGCCUUCAUCCUGAGACAGGUGAUGCGCUAUGAGAGCGUGAGUGUCAAGGAGAGUGCCGGCCUGGACCCCGCAGCCCUGAGCCCCGCUAACCCCCGGGAGAAGUGGCUGCGCAAGAGGACUCAGGUCAAGCUGCGGAAUGUCACUGCUAACCACCGGGCCAAUGAUGUGAUCGCUGCUGAAGAUGGGCCCCAAGUCCUGGUGGGGCGGUUCAUGUAUGGGCCUCUCGACAUGGUGGCUCUGACAGGAGAGAAGGUGGACAUCCUGGUGAUGACAGAGCCAUCCUCAGGCCGUUGGGUCCACCUGGACACGGAGAUCACCAACAACAGUGGUCGAAUCAUAUACAGUGUGCCCCGGCCCCGGCGCCUGGGUGUUGGUGUCUACCCUGUGAAGAUGGUGGUCAGGGGUGACCAGACCUGUGCGAUGAGCUACCUCACAGUGCUGCCCAGAGGCAUGGAGUGUGUGGUGUUCAGCAUCGAUGGGUCCUUUGCUGCCAGCGUGUCUAUCAUGGGAAGCGACCCCAAAGUCCGGCCAGGUGCGGUGGAUGUUGUCCGGCACUGGCAGGACCUGGGCUACAUGAUCCUUUACAUCACGGGGCGGCCGGACAUGCAGAAGCAGCGGGUGGUGUCGUGGCUGUCCCAGCACAACUUCCCACAGGGCAUGAUCUUCUUUUCGGACGGACUGGUGCACGACCCACUGCGGCAGAAGGCCAUCUUCCUCCGCAACCUCAUGCAAGAGUGUUUCAUCAAGAUCAGUGCUGCCUAUGGCUCCACCAAGGACAUCUCUGUCUACAGUGUGCUGGGCCUGCCGGCCUCCCAGAUCUUCAUUGUGGGCAGGCCCACCAAGAAAUAUCAAGCCCAGUGCCAGUUCCUGAGUGAAGGCUACGCGGCCCAUCUGGCUGCGCUGGAGGCCAGCCACCGCUCGCGUCCCAAGAAGAACAACUCCCGCAUGAUCCUGCGCAAGGGCAGCUUCGGCCUGCACGCGCAGCCGGAGUUUCUGCGCAAGCGCAACCACCUGCGCAGGACCAUGUCCGUGCAGCAGCCGGACCCCCCGGCUGCCAACCCUAAGCCCGAGCGGGCGCAGAGUCAGCCAGAGUCUGACAAGGACCACGAGCGGUCGCUGCCCGCGCUCAGCUGGGCACGUGGGCCCCCCAAGUUCGAGUCGGUGCCCUGAGCCGCGGGUGAUGCACAGAACAUGGGGCCCAGCCAGGUGUCCUGCAGGGACGGGGGAGGGGCUGCCUUCUCCCGGACACAGGCGCUUUCCUGCUUCUUCCCUCCCGUGUCUGUCCAUCAGUGUCCGACCACAGCAGGGAGGGAACUUACCCUGGCCUUGGGAGGCUGCCCGGGCUAACAAACGAACAAGCAAACAAAAAACCCCGGGAUCUCAGUGCAGCAGCUGCCGCCUCCCCACAUCCAUGCUGGCAAGCCCGAGUGAAGGUUGAUGUAUGUGUGUGUGAUCUUGGGGCCAGGCCCGAGUGCUUGGGCGGAGUCGGCCGUCCUUCUAAGUCCUGAGGCUUCCAGCGGCGCUAGGCAGGCUCAACCCCGGGAGCUCUCAGCGCCAUGCACCCACAGCCAGUGGCAGGUGCAGCAACUUGGCUCUCUGGAGAAGAGGGUGGCAUUUGCUUUUGCCCCCUCUGUGAUAUUUCAGGCACCACUUCGGAGUAGACUCACUUAUGAUAAAGUGAUCACUUUCUGGGAGUGAGAGGAUGGUCCUUGGGCUCAGUCUCAUGUUUGGAGUCUGUCCACAAACCUGGGGAUACUGCCUGGUGCUGACGGUCUGGGUCUGUCUUGCAGCUGUCCUUGGUCCCCUACUUCUCGUCCUCCAUAUCCUUGCUCUCCUGAGACCCUGGAGGGCAGGUGUUCUUCUUCCUUGAACCUUGCUGUGGACCCUCCUUGUGACUGUGCAGCUGUGGCGGGCUCUGGCCCACUUGGGCUGUGUGCCUUGAGCCUUUAGCUAACCCUCCCUUUCUCAUAUAACUGGAGGGGUUCCCCAGCUCACAUGAGACUGCCCUGUACUUUUGCACCUCCACCCAGGUGAGGCUUUUCAGAAUGCCCAGUGGUUCCCACCUCAACCCCUGCUUCAGAGGGGUUGUGGGUGGUCUAGGACGGAUGAGUUCUUGGCCCAGGACCUCAGAGGAAGCCACUGCUAUACAGGGAGCCCACUAGUUUGAGUUGCAGAUGUCUGAAAGAGAUAUCUGAAACAGCAUUCCCCCUCCCCCCCCACCACCCAACCAACACAGGGUACUGCCCUGGCACCCCUGCCCACAGCUCUACUCAGACAGAUGUCUUCCUUUCGUUUUCUGGAAGGCAUAGAGCUGAGAUCCCAGGGUUUGGGGAUUUGUGGAGUUUUGGCUCAAACUGUUGUAUUCUCUUUCCUUCAUUUUGCCACUCAGUUUGGUUUGAGUCUGGAACCUCCUUCCUGAGUGGUCAGACCCCUGAGAGUGGCAGGGCAGGGCUCUCUUGGGCUCUUCUAAGCCUGCCGAGGCCCUCCCCUUGCUCCUGAGCCCUUGGUCUUGUUCCCUGGCCCAGGAGAGUGGGGUUGCCUGGCUUCCUUGGAACCCCCACAAGCAGCUGCUGAGGCCAGGCCCAGACAUCUGUGCCCACAGCAGGCCCCUGUGUCAGCUCAGUGUUGCUUCUGCUCAAUGUCUACCUCUUGCAGCUCCCAUGCAGCCCAUGGCAGCUGCUGGUGGGAGUGAUUGGCACCAUAUUGUGAAUCUCAUGGCAAACUGGGUGCCCCAUUGGGGCUAGAGGGGGUGCAGACUCACUGUGUCCACCCUGCUUCUCCAGCUUGCCAGCUCCUGCCCCCUCUGCCGGACCUGUCUUGCCAACUUUUCUGCUUCACUCUUGACAUUGUGUUCUGCACCCAAGCCUGGGCACUGCCUUCAAGACUACUGUGAGGGUGAAGAGGGUCCAGACCAGCCUCAGCUUCUUUUCUCAUGCCCGCCCCCCCUUGACAUGCCAUGUUCUUGGCUCUGUUGACACCAGCUCAAAUGGCCUAGCCACUUCAAUGCUAGUCUUUCCACUCCUCAAAAAAUGCUUUGAUUCAAGUGUCUGAUUCUUUCACAGUCCAUCAUCACAUAUUGGCAGGAGCCACAGUCUAACUUUAAAAUGAUUAAAUAUUUAGUUUUUUCCCCCUUGUUCUAAGAACCCCAUGCUGGGGGUGGAGAGAGUGAGAGCAUACUCUUAGGAGCCAGAACUCCCAGGGUGGUCAAGUCAGUGACAAGGUUUUGUGGACCCAGCAGGAGACCUCACCCCUCCUUUGGUGGAGCCCCUCACUGGGGCUUGGAUGACCCCUUUUUAGAUGCUGAUGGUGUACAGGGAGGUAUUGUGAAUACCUUCUGAGCAGUAGCUGGCUGGUGUGAAUGUGUACUCACGGUUCUGUUUCGUGGUGUUUCAGUGCUGCUUCUGUGGCAGCCACGUGCUCCUCCUGCAUGGUCUCUUCCAGUGCUUUGUUCAGUCACGCUUGUGUCAGGGACAAAAGAAUCUAGUCUUGUUCCCCAAGGGAGUGCU